AUGGAUGACCUUCUUGCGCCAGUGCAGGACCUCCUCGAAGGACAGAUCGACUUCCACGGCCAGCGCAUCACGGUCCGACUCAGCACAGCUCUCUUGAUCAUAUUCAGCGCUAUCGGAUUCGUCGUCGGGUAUAUUCAGCAGGACAUUCACCUAACGCUAUGGAUUACACUGGCGGGAACGCUCGUCACUGCGCUCGCGGUCGUGCCGCCCUGGCCGGUCUAUAAUUCACAUCCGGAGAAAUGGUUCACACAGGGGACUGGCAAGACGAACAUCGCGGGAAUUGUGGUAGAUGGGAUCAAAGUGAAAUAG